AUUUGCACUGAUUGUCACCGAUCACUCAAGCACCAUCGUUUGCCUAACACUGCCGUUGCCAAUGAUUUGUUCUUUGGACCAAUCCCCCCUGAACUGGUGAACCUCAUUUUAAUUGAGGAAGCUCUGAUAGCCCGAUGGUGUGCGAAGAGCUGGAUCAUUCAUCUGCAUGAUGACUCCCUCCCU